AUGCCUAACGGCGGUUUCCAUGAGGGAUUAGAGGAAAGAGGAAAGGGGUUUAGGAACCUCAAGAGACCAAUCAAGCAACCUAACAUUGUUGGUUGGAAGGUGAAAUCUUUUGAUCCAGAAGCAUUGCUAAUAGCCCUCGAUGGUUAUCCGAUCAACACUGGAUGUGCAGAAGAACAGAUUAAGGACUUGAUGAGGAGAGUAACACAUGCUUGUGAUACCAGUAUGCCUCGUAAACGUGGCAUAAAUUCGAUACCUUCGGUGCAUUGGUGGAACGAUCACAUCAGCGUCCUCCGUAAAGAGUAUUCAGAACAUGAUGCCCUAAUGAACGAGAACCCUAAACAGAAAACUCCUCCAAAUAAACCUAAUUUUAAUUCCCAGAAUUCUCCUACUCAAAAGGAAAGACGAUUGAGGCUAUCGAACUUCCGAAUAAAGCCUGGGACCUUCUUGGUGUCGAUAAACGUCAACAAAAGGAUCAAAGCUUCUAGUUCCACUCAGAUCUUGUCACUUGCUGGAAAGAAACUUUGUGAAGAUAAUAUCAACCUUAAAGCUGCGAUUUUGAGUCCGGGGCUUUUACCUUUACUCCAUAAGUUUGCUGUUGGCAGAGAUGAAUAUUUCGCGUCCAAUCAAAACCUUUGUGGUCUUUCCUUGGUCAGUCUCGGUAAAGCCGCAGCCGGGCUUCAACCGGAAACCUUACCACAAGUACAACCAUUUCAAUCGAUCUACACCUCCCCAAACUCGUUCCGUGAACAAGAACAAGGGCCAGCAGGCCUACAAAACCAAUUCGAAGUAAAGGUGAUAACGGGGUUUGAAGAAUUAGUAUAUUACAACCCUAGGCCAGAAAGUUGGAUUUCCUGGCGUAUGGGCGUGUUAGUCAUUAUCCUUGAUGGGCUGGAUGCCAUCUUACUGGCUUUUAUGCAUGCCCGAUCUAGAUGUUUGCAAAAGGACAGCUUUUCGUGA